UAUAUUCGCCUUCUUCUUCUCCUUCUCUUCUUCUCCUCCCUUCUUCAUUCCCAGUGUCCUGUAAAGCUCACUAUCUUCUGAAACGACAAAUUUCUGUUUAUGCCGCCAUAUUUGACGAUUCUUGUCCACUUACAAGCUCUUUAACUCGCUGACUCAGAAUUUGUUUUGGCACCGGAUCGGUCAGCUAAGCAUUUUAAUGGAUCUGAGGCCUGAGGCCUAGAACUUUCCUUGAAGCUUCUGUUAGAUUUUUACAAUGGAUUUGCCAAAUUAUUGAAAAAAGAAAGAAGCAAUUUCAAAGUCAAAAACUGAAUUUGGUAUUGGAACUGUAAAUUUAUGGUGACAUCAAGUUUAAGGUUUUAAGCCUAUUAUCCCUUUACUGGUUUGACAUUGAUCUCAAUGACCCAUAAGCGCAAUGUAAUUGUUGCAGCUGGCUUACUAGCUUUUGCUGCUGCAGGAUUGGCAUUUCCCUUUUACAUGGCAUCAUCUAGGAGUAGGCCAGUGAUUGAUUCAUCAAAGCCACUUCCACCACAAGCAACUUUUCGAGGGCCUUACAUAAACACCGGAUCACGUGACAUUGGACCUGACCAUCACACUUACCCAAAGAAAUGAUCUAGUUUUCUAUACCAUUGUUGUUGGGUGGGGGGUCAGAAAAACUCCAAUCUCUUUUUGUGAAUUUAUCGCGACGUUCUUUUAUGGUCAUGCUAUUUCUUUUUCUAUUUGUUUCCCUCCUUUUGUUCUUUUUUGGUAUAAUACAUAUGGGGAAAAACUCUGUGGAGUCUGUACUAGGAAUUCUUCUUUGAUUACAUUUCGAGUGAAUGAGCAAUAGCUUGAGAACUACUCUGUGAAAGUGCAUAAAUCCUGGGGAUGAAAUUCUUUUUUUUUUGUGAGUGGUUAAUUCUUAGAAUAUUGAACAAGAUUGUCUUUUUAAAUAGGUGAUUGAAAGCAUUAGGAAGAAAGGAAAGCAGCAGAUUUAUUGCCAAGAUAAAUUGUGGGCUGCAAUGGAUUUUGACUUCAUUACUCUAAACCCUGUACUAAAGAGGGAUCUACUGCUGCUGUUGGCUUUUUAAAUAGAACCUUCUUAUAGUACAAGCUUUCUAAGCUCUAGUACAAGCUUUCUGAGCUCGCUUGGCUAUUCUGUAAAACAGACAUUAGCAUUCUGUCAUUUAUCUUGGUACAGUGAAAAAUGGGAAGAGUGGUAGUAUUUCAAUCAUCUAAUUCUGCAUCAGAGGCAUGCUUCUUUU